AAUCCAAUUGUUGUCGGAAUUGAAUUUGAAAGCGACAAAAAAUCGAUUAGAUGUCAUGAAAUCCAAUGUUAUCGGUUUUAAGUUCGAAUCGGAAUUAGUGUCAGUUUUAGGUGUCACAGGAACAAUUGUUAUCGGUUUUGCUAUCGGAAACAAACCAAGCAGCUCAUAGCUAUUGGAUUUUCUUUGCAUAUAAUUUUUUUUCACUUGCAGGUAGAAAAUUUAAUAAAAAUGGGAAAACAUAAAAAUGCAACGCAGAUCAGUAUUUUCAUCGAGUUUAUGCAGAGGUAUCCUGAUAUUGCGAAGGGAUUCACGAAAAGGGAUAAACCAAGCUUGGAUGCUCUUUGGGAAGUGUUGAUAGAGUCGCUGAACAGUGCCGGUCCACCACAAAAGGAUGCGAAUGGAUGGAAGAAGGUAAAAGUUUUUAGUACUAAAAAUUGGGCCUUAAAAUUACAAUUUCUUAUAUAUUUUCAGACUUGGACGGAGUGGAAGAGCGACGUUAAAAAAAAGUUAGCGCAUAACAACUCCGAGUCUCGAGCAACUGGCGGGGGACCCUUUUCCAAGCAGCAAUUGUCACAAGCGGAAGAGGCCAUAGUAAGAAUUUGUGCAAUGACAAAGAGCGUGGUAGGUGUACCUGGCAAUGAUCCUGGUCCCCCUAAUAAAAGUGAUGAUGAAACGCCAUCAACGUCUUCGAAGCGACAAGCGUCUCCAGUUGCCAGCACGCCUAAGAGGCAAAGGACUGAAAGCACUGGGGUACGCUUAAAAAAAUUCCUUGAUGAGGAUAAUGAAAGGAAGUUAGAGAUAACUGAACGAUUGGACAAGCUCGUGAAAGUAGAAAAGGAAAACGCCAGCAGCCUCAGACGUAUUUAUAGGGCAAUUGAAAAAGGCAAUGAUGCAACUGCAAAUGCAGUUUCCGAGCUUAAAAAUGAAUAUGUCCGUAUCAAUUCAAAAGUCUUGAGGGCAUUACAAGAAAAAAAUGAAAUAAAAAAGCAACAACUUGAUCUCGACCUACAGAAAUUUGAUUUUGAGAAGAAUAAAAAGUGAACAAGUGAAUUUUUAUGGUCAAACCAGAAAAGCAUUUUCUGCAAGGAAGUGUAAUUAAUAUAGUACCUGGAUAUGUACAUUAGGAUUAGUAAAGAAAUGA